AGUUGUCGAAGCUGGACGCUUUUACGGAGCAUCUCAGCUGCAGUCCCCAGCCAGGAACAUAAGAACUGAUUGAUUCCUUUCAACCAGUAGAAACGAUUCUGUGGUUCAAAACUAGUGUGCGCGCGUAUUUGGGGACAGUUGAGUUUCUAGAGUGGAGCUUUAAAGUGAAAAACCCGAAGGAGUGCGUUAAGUAGUUUUGUGUUCAAUGCACCGCUCCCCUUCUCGGUAGGACUACGACUCAAAGUGCAGUAGUGUUUAAGUGAGAAAUUGUCGAACCGAAACGACGUUAAAUAAAGCAAAAAAAAAUGAAUAACAGCGAACCGGGAGAAGCCGCAAAAUAAUACAACCGUGAGCUCUCGCAAAGCAGAUAUUACUGGCCAGGGAACACAAAAGAAGCUUCUCAAGUUCUCAACUCGAUCGGUGUCUGUGUGCUCGGACAGUGUAAGGGAACCGGUGUCGACGAUUAUAUUGGACUUGGUUCACUAACUUUUCAUCGACCGUCCGAUCCGCCGACUAACCCAAGUUGCUGUGAAGAAAGAAGUGCAAGAACCAAAUGAGCAGGGAAUCACAAACUGCCCCGAUACCAAAGAUUGACGAUUCCUGUUCUGAAGAGAAUCAGCUGAAGAAAAGCUGCACGUUCCAGUAGUGAACAGUAUGAUGUUUUUAUCGAACAACAGCAAACAGACUAUUUCAAGAUUGAUAAUUUGUGAUUUCAGCGCAUAGUUUAAACCAUUAAUAGUCUAACCGUACUAAAUUAUCAUUUAAAGUAUACUUAAGUAAAGCACACCCCAAAAAUUAAACAAGUAUUUCAAUAGCUCUAAGAGUGCACUGCAAUCGUAGUUUAAACGUAGCGAUUAAAAAUUAGAAACCAUUAAGACAGCAACUAUAAUACAAAAAAUGCAUUUUCAUCGUCAGAAUUCGCUUAAGAAGAAACAAAACAAUUCUAAAAUAUCAGUAUAAAAACGCUGUAUAAGUGAAUAGCUAAGCCAAAAUAACGAACAUAAAAAUUUACCUUUUGUAAACUGUGCAUUUCACGUGGCCUGCUGCAAGCGACUGGCGACUUUUCAUUCUGACCGUUUUCCCAACGGCCCAGUAGAUUCGUAACAAGGAGCAAUCGAGAUACGCUUUACACCAGAUUUUUCAUAUUCACCGAUACACAUCGCGUCUACCCCUUUAAACUAAGACUGAGAAACAGAGAUCUUCAAGCGACAGCAACUUCAACCUCCAGCAGUUAAAAUUGGAAACAGGAGGUAGGCAAAGGCACGCCCGACCCGCGAUAUUUCAAGACAACGUUUGAACGAUACUCUUUCACUGAGCAAUAUCUUCCUUAAACGUACUAAUUAGAAGUAAGUGCACCGCAAUCGUACUCACACAGCUGCAAUCACAUUUUUGUUUGGAAGCAAGCUACGGGCUGUUAAUUCAACCAAAUAUUAAGCUAUACACCAGUUAGAUUAGGAGAAACCAAUUAGCCGUCUCUCGUUCAGGAAACCAAAACAAAACGCGCACGUAUCCGUCAAAAUGUUACCAAGCAGCCAGCACCAGCAUCCGUCAUCCCAACACCAGUCGGUCGGCUCCCAGGCGGACCAGCAGCAGCAACAGCAGCAUCUGCUCAACACGGUAGGCAUGAGUGCCUCGUACACGGCGACAUCGACCAGUUACAGCAUGAGCUAUCCGGUGGUGACCGGGCAUCAUCUCAACGAAAAUAAUAACCUCGUAAUGCAUCCCUCUUACGGUAAACCUGCGGCCCACGUUGCCCAUCAGCUUCCACCGGCAUCCCUCAUCACACUGCAGCCGGUUCCGCUGGAAGCCCAUCAUUCUUCAUUACAUCAUGUGUCCAGCCUUGGUCAACAACCUUCACACACGGUCACUUCGCUGGCACCGCCCCCGCUGCCACAGCAGAGUAUGUCCAGCCUUUCGCACUCAUCACAGCAAUCGUCCGGCUCGCAAUGUCCUUCCGGCAUGAUGAGUCACCAGUCGUCGAUGAACGAUCCAAACGGCAACGGUAGGUAUCAGGCAGGACCGCCGAUUGGACGCCUCGUAAGUGCAAGCGAACUCACUCUCGUUACAGCGUCAUCCAGUUAAGCCAGCCACGAUGGGGACAGUGUAGCCGAUCUCGCGCUUCCAGAUGAUCCUUUUUUUGGCAGAGAAACGAAACGGACGCGCACACAAAAAUUGUAUAUAGCGUUCCUUACAGGCGUUCAGUUUCUAUUCUGCCCUAAACCCGCAGAUUCUUUGCACUGAAAAUCGAUCUUCUGGUUGUGUCCUCAAAUUACCACACCGAGGUUUCGUCGAGUAUCAAAUUACACUCUCUCCGUCCCGGCUCCGGUCCGGGUAGCGUCGUCGACGACCACCACGGUGAAUGUGGGGUCCUUUUGUUCCCAUUUUUAGAAAAGCAGGUAAACAAAUCUGAUCUGGUGGCGUGGAUCAAGCUAUGGUGGAUACAGCAUACGGAGGCACGGAGUUGCUGGUAAUCAAGCCGUACACAUAUUAAUCGACUAACUGCAUGUGUGACCGCAUGCUCCCUCGUAUUAGGGUGCCAAUGAAAACGGACAUGAUGAAUUUUCAGGCCGUAACAAGUACGGAAAAUUUAUUGGCGCGUCAUUGUUUCAAGCAUUUCAAGCACGAAAUUUGUCAUAGCUUAGCUUUGAAGAAAAAAAAAUCGAUACGUAAAUUCCAAGUAAAAAUUUUUUGAAUGAAAAUUAUCUCAUUUCUGAAUUCGCCCUCUUGACUUUUGAUAGGAAAAUAUGUUUAAUCUACCGAUUUGCUAAGUGAGCUGGGAAUACUUAUGGGUCUAUUUUUCACAGCAAUAAACAUUUGGAGUAUUUUGAUCCGGUUUGAAAGUUUCACACGUUCGAAGGCACCCUACCAUGUACAAAAAGUUGAACAAGAAAUCGACUGAUAGAAUUGACUAACUUUUACUAAAUAAAACUAAUCCCACAGGUACCUACUAAAGGGCAUGGACCCAUUAUUUUUCCAAAAUUUAGUUGAAUUAGAAUCAUGGCCUCCAGCAAUACUAACGAAUAGGUAUUUGUAUUGCUUAUGAUAGCUGUCGUAGAACAAACGCGGAAACCUUGAAUCUAAAUUCCACGUAAUUACUAUCAGCAGCGAUCGAUUUUUACAAUAUAAAAAUAACUAAAUUUAUGGUGUGGCUCUGGCUGUGACUGUUAACAAAGCAAAGCCUGCUGAGUCAGCUGUCACUAUCGCUUAUGUGCUGAUUUGCGCUUCGGGUUAGGUGAGAUGCGUUGAGUGCUCGAAGACACUCUCGAUUCUCCCACACGUCAGUCACACACACACACACAGCCACACAACGGGCGCACAAUGGUCGGAAAAUUAAGAUUUACGGCCAAAAAUAUUUUUUCGUUGUCAAAUUGUUAGUUUACUGUAGAUGAAUUUGUCAUAUGAGAAAGUAUUGUAAUGACAAGGGGCUGUCCAUAAACCACGUGAAUUUAGGCAUAUCUUAGUUUUUUUUCGAACCAAUAAAAAAUCUCGUCACUGUAUACAAACGAUUAAUUAUACUAAUUUUACGUAUUCUAUUUUACGUAAAAACUACAAAAUCAUGUGCUCAAAACUUCCUAAAUAUGAA